UGCCCGGGGACGCCCUCUCCAGGACGCCGCUGCUGAGGCGCGUCGAGGCGCGGGCGGUCGCCGACCUCGCCACCGUCGACGAGAGCGUCUUCUCCGUCACUCCCCACCUGGAGUACCUGCAGCUCACAGGGAGCAAGGUGUCACAGCUGCUACCAGACACGUUCGCAGCGAAUCGCAACCUGUCAGCGGUGGACCUGAGUGACAACCAGCUGGACGGACUGCCCGCUGAACUGUUCAGACACAACGCGCUGCUCACCCAGCUGAAGCUAUCCGGGAACCACAUCGAGACCCUGCACGUGGACACCUUCAAGGCCAACAGGCUGCUCCAGGAGCUGGAUCUUUCGGACAAUCCACUGCUGGAGCUUCCAGCGGGUCUCCUCCAGCACUGCCCGCACCUGCGCUCGCUGAACUUCUCCAGGACGCGCGUCUCGGCACUACACCGCACGGCGUUCUCCAGGAACGCUGCCCUGGAGUCGCUGGACCUCUCCAGCAACAGCCUCCAGGCGCUGCCUGCGGCGCUGCUGCCCAACCACGGCCGCCUCUCCAGGCUGGACCUGUCCAGCAACCAGCUCCGCUCCAUCCCGGAGAAGCUCUUCAGCGCCACGGGCAGUCUGCGGCUUCUCAACCUCAGCCACAACGAUGUGCACUUCUUGCCGCCUGGAACCCUCCGGAGGACUCCAGAGCUGCAGGUGCUGGAUGUUUCCUGGAACCAGCUGCGUACCCUGCCCAGGGAGUUGCUAUGGUGGGCUCCAGCGCUGGAAGAGCUCCGUCUCGCUGGAAACCGUAUUUCCAGUGUGCACCCGGAGACACUUUCUGGGAAUCCCAGGCUCAGGCUUCUCGACCUCUCACACAACCUGAUGGAAGAGCCUCCUGGUGACUCCACACUCAGCCACAACACGGCGCUGUGGUCGCUCGACCUGUCCCACAACCAGCUGACGCGCCUCUGCCGGCGCCUGUUGGAACCUGCGUGGAACUCUCUGCAGGUUCUCCGCCUCACAGGGAACAGAAUCUCGGCCCUCACCUGGCCGAGCAUGCGGCCGCGGUCACUGCAGUCGCUCGAGAUGGAAGGCAGCCCCUGCAGCUGCUCCGCGAAAUUCGUCAGGCUCUUCACACCUCCGAAGAUACCACAGAUCAAAAUAGAGGGCAUCAUCACCAAGCCGAGGGCGGCUAAGGGAAAGAAGAAAGGCUCCGUGAGCACUGGGGAAAUGGAGGACACUGGCGUGACUACUGGUAAUGCCACCAACAUGGCGGGCCUUCAGUCCAGCGUCAGCGCAAGUGGCGACCCCUCCAGGAGCGAGGCUGAAGUUGGGGGUUCUCCGUCCUCUGCAGCCACACCAACAGCGGGUAGUGAGGUGGACGACAGCGUGAAGAACGCCGUUUCAAGGACGAAGAGGGACGGCAAGAAGAUCGUCUUCUGUCCGUAUGGCACAGCGUUCAACGCCGCCGGCGCUGAAAGCUGGGCCACCGUCUGCAAGAGGAACGGGACGCGCAGGAACACCCUGAGGAGGAGUCCCAGGAGCGUCUGGGCCUCCCCGGUCAGUGGAGAACAUUUCCCGACCGCAGAAGUUUCGGGCACUGUGCCUCAUUCUAGGCGUGUGACGUUUGGCGUUUCGGCGUCCUUCCCAUCGUAUGUCGUCAGGAGGCAGAGGCGUGCCAUUGUGGAUGACUGCCCUGCCUCUUGUGGCGGCCUGCAUGAGGCAGGCUGCGACAGCUCAGCUUGCAGUGUUGGCAUCCCAGCCACAAGUAUCAUAGUAGUUGGUGCUACGUUCGUUCUGGCAUCUCUGUGGACGCAACUUGCUGUGUGAACGAGCGGGUGCUGCAAAAAUAUCCACAUGCUGGUCCUCUCGCUUAAGGGGGGAAGGGCGUCAAAUGGGCCGACUUGGAGCAGAAGAGGCACCACAGGACAUUUUAAUUUCCACUGUUUAUACUUUUACAAAUGAAUCCAUAAACCUUUGUCAGCAUG